AGAACUAAGGGUAACAGAAUCUCUUGCCGAACAGGCGGUGUGAAUCUGUGAGGGAAAAAAUUUUCGGACAGGGAAGAGAGGUAACACCAACGCACUAAAAGCUGCUGCUGAAGACGCGCUGAGGUAACCGCAGCCAUGGACGGGCGCUCCUCAUGGACUGAGUGUUGUGCAAUAAGACGGAUCCGCAAGCUGGUUCCGUUGGGUUUCAAGAAUGAAGUUAAAGAGCUAUCUAAGCUGGCCGCUCCAGUGAUGAUGGCCCAGUUCAUGAGUUAUGCUGUGAGUUUUGUCAGCACCGUGUUCUGUGGCCAUCUUGGGAAAACAGAGCUGGCAGGAGUUUCUUUGGCCAUUGCUGUUAUCAAUGUCACAGGUGUAUCCAUUGGUUUUGGUUUGGCAUCAGCGUGUGACACGCUGAUAUCCCAGACAUAUGGGAGUGGUAACCUCCUGAGAGUUGGGGUCAUUCUGCAGCGUUCAAUCCUCAUUUUGUUACUGACUUGUUUCCCCUGCUGGGCGAUCCUCAUCAACACUGAGCCCAUUCUUUUGGCAGUCAAACAGGAGCCAGAGGUAGCCAGUUUGGCUCAGAUGUACGUUAAGAUCUUCAUGCCAGCACUUCCAGCUGCUUUCAUGUUUUCCUUAGAGUCAAAAUACCUUCAAAACCAGGGCAUAAUUUGGCCACAGGUGGUCACAGGGCUGAUCGUAAAUCUACUCAAUGCGCUCAUCAACUACAUUGUGCUUUUCCUAUUAAAAAUGGGGACUGCAGGCUCUGCUUUAGCAAACACUUUGUCUGAGUUCUCCUUGGCCGGAUUCCUUUAUGCAUACAUCAUGUGGAAAGGUCUGCACAAGACAACCUGGGGAGGCUGGUCCAUUGAGUGCCUCAAUGACUGGAAAUCUUAUAUCCACUUAGCUAUUCCUGGAAUGGUCAUGAUGUGUGUUGAGUGGUGGACAUAUGAGAUUGGAGGCUUUCUGGCAGGUCUAAUAAGUGAGGUUGAACUUGGAGCGCAGGCAGUUGUGUUUCAACUGGCAAAUAUUGCCUACAUGUUUCCAAUGGGUUUCAGCAUUGCAGGCAAUGUUAGAGUUGGGAAUGCUUUAGGAGCCGGAGAAACAGAGCAGGCCAAGCUGUCUGCGAAAGCAACUAUGUUUUGUGCAGGGUCAGUGUCUAUAUGCAUGGCAGUGCUCAUUGGGAGUCUGAAGGAUCACAUCUCCUACAUUUUUACAUAUGAUGAGCAAAUUAGGGAAAGAGUUGCAGAAAUAAUAUCUUUUUACGCUCCAUUCAUCCUCCUGGAUGCCAUAUCGGCGGCCUCUGGUGGUAUUAUAAGAGGAGCAGGUAAACAGAGAGUUGGGGCUAUUUGCUACUUCUUGGGAUAUUAUGGCAUCGGUUUUCCAAUCGGAAUCCCCCUGAUGUUUGCAGCCAAACAAGGAAUCAAGGGUCUAUGGACUGGCUUGUUUACCUGUGUAUCAGUUCAGUGCGCAUUCCUGAUUUUCUAUCUCCUCAGAAUGAACUGGAAGUCAGUAACAAUUGAGGCAAGGAUCCGAGCAGGGGUAAUUGAGAGCUCAGCAGAGACAAGUCCCCAACCAGAAGAUGCAGGAACAUCACUGAGCCCAACAGACACCAGAGAUCUGGUUGAUGCUGAAGAGGUCUCUGCAGUACAAACCCAGGAAGUCCAGCGCUCCUACAGGAGUCUGGUUCUUCGAAGAGGUCUCGCUCUGGCUGGCAUGCUGUUCAUCCUGGCUACUGGAAUCAUCAUAAACCUGCUUGUCACGAACUUGGUUACCUGACUAUGAAUGAUGCCUAUCUUGUUCAGG